AUGGAUAGUAAGUGUGCAGAACUUGACUCGGCGUGUUACCAAGCCGUUAUAGACGUCCUCGAAGACUCGGAUAGGGUACUUAUAACUCGCAGCCUUGAAAAGCGCCAAGUGGGCGUGCUAGCAGCCGCGGCUGUUGCCGUUGCAGGGAUACUAUUCCCAAUGUUCUACCGCUUAGAUUCGAACCAUGAUAUUCCAGUACCCCUAGUGAUUCCUGCGGCUCACAUAGAAGAUGCCUUCAAUUUGGAAACAGCCACUGCUAUUGUUGUUGUCACUGAAGGGGGAUCUGGGGUGACGGUCACUGCCCCGCCGGACCAGGAUAAAGCUUACGGUCCUUCAGCUGUGGUUACGACCCUUGCAAGUGCCGUAUAUGGCGGAAGCGCAGGAGACGUGGAAAUCCAGCUCGACUCAGAUGUCGCAAAGCACCUACAGUCGCUACUCUCCGGCUCAGACAACAAUAACUGCGACGUGGGCGAUGACUUCUUCAACAUCCACACACGCGAUUUAGCCAUGAGCAGUGUUACAUGUGGCGCGCAGAGUAUCCUCGCUGACGGAAUCAAUGGCGAUGGAUUUCCUGACUGGCUUCUUAUGGCUCCGACACAACUCCUAUGGACAAACGCUGAGGUCGUUGCCGGGCUCCGAGGUUUGGCUAUUGGUGCUUUUGCCUUCUCGUACAUCUACUAUAGUAACGGCAAGAUUGCGACCAGCAAUAUUAUCCCUGGCGCUUCGCUACAGGGUGGGGCUACCGCUACUGAGUGUCCCCUACAAACGGCUGUACAAUGCGGCGCUAACUGUGGUGUGCAUUUAUGGGCGCCCCAAUUCGACUGUACCACGACCUGCUCUACCGUCACUAGCUGCGACGCACAAUCGACGAUCACGACAACAGCUACGCGCAUUUUCGCCGCCGGCUCUGUACCAACGAGUUCCCCUUCCGGAGGCCAAGGGCAGCAGAUCGCAAUGGCCUCGUAUAUCAACCCGCUCGCUGAUCCGGCGGCCUGGAAUCACUUAAUCGGGUAUGACUCAGACAAGAUGCCUAUCCUGGUCGCCAACGUGGUCAAUGGGCCCGACUCGGCUGUCGACUCAGACUGGCAAGACGUCAUCACUCGAGGUGCAGGCUCUGGUAAGAUCGUGCUCGGUUACGUGCGCACCGGUUAUCUUGGUGUGAGCACUCAGGCAUUCAAGAUACGAUUGGGCUCCGGAGAUCUAGCCGACUGGACUGCACAUAUCGAGGAGGACGUUGACAUGUGGUACACGCUCUACGGUGAAAACAUCGGCGGUAUCUUCUUCGACGAAGGAUGGCCUGAAUGUGGCGCCGACAACAAAUACGCGGAUCUCUACAAGUAUAUCAACGACUAUACCAAACGCACACACCCUGGCGCCUAUACAGUCCUCAACCCUGGAUCACCGAUGGCGGCUUGCUUCGAGGAUACCAUGGACACCCUGCUUACAUUUGAGCUGUCCUAUGAUGCGUACAAGAACUCAUACACGCCUAACGACUGGACGCCCAAGGACCCGCGUAAGCUCUGGCAUAUCGUCUAUAACGUUCCCGAGUCCGCAGUGAUCGAGGUCGCUAACUUGGCCAAAGAACGUGGAGUCUCGUUCAUCGAAAUCACAGACGACGUGAUGCCUAACCCGUACGAUACCCUAUCUGCCGACUCCUACAUUCAGAAAAUGCUUGACGCAGUUGACGGCGGGUCACUGCUCAACGAGGACCCCUCAUCAUGGCCGACUAGCUCUAGUGCCGGCGCCGUGGAUACACUUACAGUGGAAAACCCGGACUACAGCUCUGCGAAGCUAUCUUGGACAGCGGCUAGCAAUGCGGUCGGAUACCACGUCUACUCAGGAGACAGCAUCCUCGUAAGCGUCCCCAGCUCAAUGACAGCCAUCACUAUCGGCGGCCUGCAAUCCGGCACAAGCUACACCCUCCACGUAACCGCCAUUGGGGGUGCGGGGAAGCUAGGCACCGCCUCGAACUCCGUCACAGUCAAGACAAAGGCCCUACCCGGCGGCGAAACAAUCACCAACUACAAGUCCUCCCCUAGCGCCACCUCAAGCACAUUCACCGCAGACAUCCUGGUCCCCUACGCCUUCAUCCGCCUAUACCUCUGGGACUCCGUCGGCUGUGACUUCGACACGGACCCCGGGUGGAGCGUCAACUUCAAGGUUGACCAGUACGUCUGCACCAAGUACAUGGUCGAAGGCACAACGCUGUACAAAUACAGCGGCACUGUCCCCGAGGGGUCCACGGCGCCACCCUGGGCUUGGACUUCCAUGGGAUCCAUUACCCUUGAGACAACUGAUUACACAAACACGUGGACCCUGCCUAUCGGAACAGACACCAUCGACACAAAGAAAUUCGUCAUCCAAGCGCAGGGAUAUAACCCCCUGAUCAACGUCAUCCAGCCAGACCCCGACCCCUACAGCUGUAAGGGGUCAUCCAUGUGUACGACGCCGGAUUUGUUAAGCUGGUGCGACCAUGCCGUGAAUUAUCUACAUCGGGAUGAUUCGCAGUUUUAUAAAGCCGGAUCCGGCGCCCUGAGCGGAAACUGCUGGGGUGAUCAGACCCGUGGCUGCGGCGUCUUCAUUGAAGGUGACUCAACCUGCACGGUCAGCGGAAAUGAUUUGUGGGACGCGUAUCAGAAUAUUCGCGAUAUCGGGGGCUGCAAGAAGUGCGGCUCGUUUGAGAGGAGUGACGGGUGUACGCUUAAGAUUGACUAUGUUUAUGGGUGUGAUAACCAUGCUGCUAAAAUGGCGGUUAUGAAUCUCGUGGAGGCGCAGAACGCUACUCGGAGCGCAGAGGUCACCUGA